UUCCUUCAGCCCCUAGGAACCCUAGAAUAUAUGUGUUACAAAAUAACCUACACGGAAGUGAUGAGCAAGUCCUUGUUGAGUUCAGGUGGGACAGACCUGAAAGGGAAAAUGGAAUAUUAACACAGUACAAGGUUUACUAUCAGCUAUUGAAUCAGAGCAGCACUGCUGGCACUCCCAUGGAGUGGAUUGAAAUCAAUGUUAAACCCAUCCAGAUGCUGUUUUCUCUCAAGGAUGUGCGUCCCAGCCUCACAGUAAGGUUUCAGGUGCAGGCCUUCACCUCUGUAGGUCCAGGACCUUUGUCUGAUAUGGCAGAGAGGAAUUCAUCAGAUCUUUUCCCUGUCCCAACUCUAAUAACUAUUUCUGCCAGCAAGUUGUUUCUUACUGACAUAGACAGUGGUCAAACUAUAUGGGAACUUUCAGCAGAGACUAAUGUAAAGGACAUCUGUUAUACUGCUAAUGAUGACAAAGCAUACCAUAUCAUUGAUGAUUCUCUUUUUGUUCUGAAUAUACAGAAUGCUUCAAUGUUUCAGUUUUUCAAAGAUGCAUAUCUUCACAAUGUCACAGCCAUCACAGUUGACUGGAUUGCAAGACAUCUCUUUGUUGCCCUGAAAACACCACAGGAUGAAACUCAAAUAUUUGUUAUUGAUCUUGAGCUCAAGAAAAAAUCUCUAAAAGCCUUGAACAUGCAGCUGGGCAAAAGUAAUUCAACUGUAUCAUCUCUGUUGUCAUAUCCUUUCUUAAGCCGCUUGUACUGGAUGGAAGAGCUUGAAAAUGGCAGCCACAUGUUUUAUUAUGAUAUUCUGAACAGCACUGUGCACCACAUCCUGGGACACGGAUUGGUAGAAAAACAGAUGAGGAACUACUGCACCUGUAAUGUCACAGAAGUGGAGCUAGGAAGACCUUUGAGUAUGGACUUGUCUGACUCCAAAAAUCCCCAGCUGCUUUUUAUCAGAGGAAGAGAUGAAAUAUGGGCCUCAGAUGUGGAUGGUUGCCACUGCUGGAGAAUUAUCAAAAUACCAAAUAUUCAAGGUAAUAAAAUUGGCAGCUUGACUGCAGAUCAGAAAUUUAUAUACUGGACCACUGAAACGAAAGAAUACACUGAAAUUUGGCUAGCAAAUAAAGAAAGCAGAAGACACUUUCUGCACAAGAGAGCAAACCAUAUGCUGAAAAUCUUAGCUUACAGCUCAGCAACACAAUCAUAUCCAGAUAAAAGAUGCCUGAUACUCUUGCCAGACACUGAGAAACCUACUAUCCUUGCUACGACUAACACCAGUUUUACAUUAAGCUUGCCAUCUGUCACACCACAGCAGCUAUGCCCUGGCAUAUCCCAGCCUACACCAACGUACCUGGUAUUUUCCAGACAAAUGACCAACAUCUGCAGGAACUCAAGACAAUGUUUGUCUGUUCCAGAACAAAACACAUUGGAAUAUCAGGGUCCUAUUGCUGUCUUAGAGAACCUACAGCCAUUUUCAAGUUAUGCCAUACAAGUUGCAGUGAAAAACUACUAUUCAGAUGAGGGAGCACUGCCUGUGGGAGAAGGCACAGUCGGCACAACUCUAUAUGGAGUACCAGAGGCAGUUGACACUAUUAAAACAUUAGUUUUGUCUGACACCACCAUCAACAUAUCUUGGAGUGAACCUCUGAAGCCAAAUGGGCCCCUUGAAUCCAUCCGCUAUCAAAUCUCUGUCAAUUUAUUGCCUCCUGUCCCAGCGACGCCUUUGCGAAAAAGUGAAUUUUCAAAUGGGAUGCUCGCCUGGUCUGUCAGCGGGCUCCAGCCUGGAACAAAUAACUCAUUCAAGGUUCUUGCUUUUCAUCCUGAUGAGAGCUGGUUUUCUGAAAGUGUCCCUGUCAUUGCAAAAACUUUUGAGACUCCAGCUGCACCUAUCAACAUAGUCCCCAGAAAUACAAGUUUCCAGCUAGAAUGGAGAGCUCCCCUGCACAUCAAUGAAAACAGCUUCUGGUUUGAGCUGCGAAAGUUGCCAACAAAAAGUGACUGGUUUUCUCCUGCGAACACUACAUGCACAGGAAAUCUUGUUUACGUGUGCAACCUCACAGGAACUCUUCCUUGGACCAACUACUUUGUAAGAGUAACAGCAGUUUAUGUUACAGGAGUGAAAAGCACUUCCCCUUCAACAAGCUUUAAAACUACAGCUGGUGUUCCUGGUAAGCCAGGAGUUCCUAAAAGAGCAGAAGACUCCAAAAACUCUCUACAGUGGGAAAAGGCUGAUGAUAAUGGAAGCAAACUGACCUACUACAUCUUAGAAAGCAGAAAACAGUCUGGCAACAGCAGUGAUGUGAAGUCCACGUGGAAGGUGGUUUACAAUGGGUCCUGUGGCAGUAUUUGCACGUGGAAAGCCAAGAACUUAGAAGGAACUUUCCAGUUCAGAGCAGCAGCUGCAAAUGUGCUGGGACUUGGUGAAUUUAGUGACAUUAGCAUGGAUAUAAUUUUGAGUGAAGAUAAUAUGAUCUCCACAGGCACCAUCAUUGCCAUUGCUUCUGUGAUUGGAAUUGUGCUGUGUUUGACUGUGGUCAUGCUGUUGGGUUUUGUAUGGAAGCAAAGAUUGAAAUCCAGAAAACCGGCCUUGCCUGGACAGAUAGUGUUUAUCAAGGAAGAUAAAGAACUAGCUCAACUCAGGGGGAUGGCUGAGACAGUGGGACUAGCCAAUGCCUGUUAUGCUGUACGCACUCUUCCUUCUCAAGCAGAGAUUGAAUCCCUGCCAGCUUUCCCUCGGGACAAACUCAACUUACGCAGAUUGUUAGGAAGUGGAGCAUUUGGAGAGGUAUAUGAAGGGACUGCAAUAGAUAUCCUGGCAGAUGGAAAUGGAGAAUCCAAAGUAGCAGUCAAGACUUUGAAGAAGGGUGCGACAGACCAGGAGAAGAACGAAUUCUUGAAGGAGGCACACUUAAUGAGCAAAUUUGAUCAUCCCCACAUUCUGAAGUUACUUGGUGUGUGUCUAUUAAAUGAACCUCAGUAUCUUAUACUGGAGCUGAUGGAGGGAGGGGAUCUACUGAGCUAUUUACGAGGAGCCAGAAAGAAAAAGCUCCAGAGCCCUUUACUGAGAGUCACGGACCUUUUGGAUAUAUGUUUGGAUGUUUGCAAAGGUUGUGUCUAUUUAGAGAAAAUGCAUUUUAUACACAGGGACUUGGCUGCUCGCAACUGCCUUGUGUCUGAGAAGGAAUAUGGGCAUCCAUCCCGGAUAGUAAAGAUCGGUGAUUUUGGACUUGCCAGAGAUGUCUAUAAAAAUGAUUACUACAGAAAAAGAGGAGAAGGUCUACUCCCUGUCAGAUGGAUGGCCCCUGAAAGCCUUAUUGAUGGUGUCUUUACAAGUCGCUCUGAUGUCUGGGCUUUUGGAGUACUAGUGUGGGAAACAUUGACUUUGGGUCAACAGCCAUAUCCAGGUUUCUCCAACACAGAAGUUUUACACCAUGUGCGAUCAGGAGGAAGGUUGGAAUCUCCAAACAAUUGUCCUGAUGACCUAUAUGAUUUAAUGAGAAGAUGCUGGUCCCAAGAGCCUUACAACAGACCUACUUUCUCUAACAUUCAUGACAAACUACAAGAGAUAAGACACUCUCCACUGUCCUUCACCCAAUGCCUUGAAGACAAAGAGGCAUCAACUGGAAUCAUCAAUGAAGCUUUUGAAGAUAAUGAUAUCCCAUGUGCAGAUUCAGACAGCAUUCUUUCAGCCACACUAAUGGAAACAAGGAAUCAAGAGGGCUUAAAUUAUUUGGUACUAGUCAAAGAAGGCAACCCAGAUGAAGAAAGCAUCAAUUCUGUUGAAAUUAUUUAAGUCUGGUUACCGCUGUUUAAGAGAGUGAAAGAAGAGAAAAAACUCUUCAAAGAACACAUAAGCCAAGGAAAAUAUUCUGCCUGUCAUCAUACUUACAGAGGUGUCUGAAAAUUAAAAAAAAAAAACUCUU